AUCUUCACGCGUCGAGAGUCUCUCCUCUCCCCCCCUCCCGCAGUUGACUCUUCCACUUCAUCUUUUUCAGUUUCUGCUUUUUUCCGUUAUCUUCUCAAUCAAUGAUGAUGUUAAAGCUAUUAUUUAAUGUUUUGUUGCUACUCCCCCCUUAAUCCUUCAUUUAUAUAAAAAUCUAUGUACACCUAAAUCAAAAACCUGAUUUUCAGCAGCUAUCGCCGUGGCCGUAAAAUCGACCGGAAAACUCAACUCUCCACCGGCAAAUAUCAUACCAGGAAAUCAACGCUUCCCCUAGAGGUAUGGAUCUCCUUAGUCGUUUGUUUUCAUAUUUAGUUCACAAAGAUUGAAAAUUUAUGUUCUAUGUGUCGUAGAUCAUUUUCAUUGUUGAUGUGUAAUUUGAAAAUUGCUGACAUACUACAGAUUACGCAAGUGUGAGCUUAAUAGUGUCUUUUUACUUAUGACUCAGCGAGCAUACUUUAGAUUCUUAACUAAUCAAAAAAGUCAUUACCCUGUUUAAUGUGUGUUUUCCUUCUCUGUUUAGCUAUGGUUUUUUUGACAAUGUUACAAUGGAUGUAAGAUAUCAUAUGGAGAUUUGAACCUCCUCUGCAGCUGGAGAAAUCAUAAGCCUGUCGGUUCAAGUUUCUUACAGGAUGGGAACUUCGUAGACUCCGCUUCUGAAAUUUGGGGAAGAUGAAGUACUACAAAUGUUCCGAAUCAUCAUCCGCUUCAAAAUCCAAACUUAACAGUCGCAAAGCAGAGCAGAGAGGUGAGAUUUUGAUUUUCUGUCCAUGGAGAGGGUGUACACGUUCGCAUUCUCCACCAGAAAUUUUAAGAAGGCUGCCAGCUUAUUUUUGGAUUCUAUAUCGACCUUCACGAUGUAUGAGAUCCUUCUCUACGAGACCUUCAUUUUCUACACCGUGCUUACCAGCAUCAUAACUCUGGAUAGAGUUUCUCUUAAGCAAAAGGUUGUUGACGCACCUGAGAUCUUAACCGUGCUUGGGAAGAUACCAUUCCUUUCCGAGUUCCUGAACUCACUAUACGAGUGCCAGUACAAGGCGUUUUUCUCAGCAUUUGCUGGAAUGGCGGAGCAGAUUAAGUUUGACCGUUAUUUGAACCCACAUUUCCGGUUCUACAUGAGAGAAGUGAGAACGGUGGUGUACUCUCAGUUUUUGGAGUCUUACAAGAGUGUAAUGGUGGAUGCGAUGGCAAAUGCCUUUGGUGUUUCCGUGGAUUUCAUCGAUCAGGAUGAGGGAGCUGUCACGCUUCAUUGCAGCUGGGAAGCUUCACUGCAAGAUAGGCAAGGUUGCCGGUGUUUUGGAGACAAAUCGUCCUGAUGCAAAGAAUGCACUUUACAAGGCAACAAUCAAGCAAGGGGACUUCUUGCUAAACCGGA